AUGGACUUCAAGUCAACAGCUAGCGUCCUUUUAGACUUCUCCAGCUAUUUUGAUGAGGAGGAGGAAGAAAAGACAAUAGGCACUCCAGACAUCGAAACAGAUGACCUUUAUGUUCGCAAAUUGAAUGCUGCAGUGUCCAACAUAAAAGAUUCUUCUCAUAAGUUUCUUCCCCAGUCUUGGACUCCAGGCGAAGAAUUACACUGGAAAAAAGCUGAUAGGAUCUCUUUUUCCAAAAAAUGGUAUAUGGACAUUCAAGGAUUCAGUAAAAAAACAGAUUCCGAAGAGCAAAUUGCAGAAGUCCCACCAAGCGAUAUCAGCUGUGGUAGUUUGGAUAAUGUUUGCCGAGGGGACCCAGACUUCACUAGCCGAGCAGCUGAGGAUGCGGCGCAGUCUCUAACACAAGCUGCAGAAAGAAACGUUAGCGACCCUUCUGAUCUUCCAAG